AUAAUUUUUUUUUCCAUCAGCAUUUCAGAAUCACACGAGCACAGCUAACUCCUUAUUUAUUUAUUUAUUUUUUUAAAAUUUUUAAAUUUUUUAUUUUCUCACUUCACUAAUCAGUACUAAUUAAACCAUAUAUGCAAUUAUUUAGGGAAGGUUGUUAAGGGAAAAACAAAUGCACAUGCACCCUUCUUCAUCCUCCCAAAAGUUUGUGUCACCCGUGAGUCAAAGCUCAUGACCUCACGCGGGUCAGCAAGUCCCACGCACUUCACGGUUAAAACUCUCCUUGAAAUUUUUAUAUAAGCAGGUUUGGUUUUGGACCUUGAAAAACAAGCAGUAGUAUAUACUUCGUCAUGGCUUUUCAACUCUCGAUCUUCACCAAGAGAGAGUUUCAGGUAUUUGCCGAAGGUUGGGUUAAGAAACAAGAGUGGGUUAGGGGAUGGAUGUGCAGCUGAUGCACUUGAAUCCAAUAACGGGUGAGUGGAUUCCAUGCUAUGCUUGUUAAGUGAGCAGUCUUUUGCCGGUUAACCUUUGUUUCGUUGUCUGUUCGACCUUGAACGUAUCAUCAUCCACAAAACCCUAGUCUCAAUAAUUUCAUUAGGAUUAAUUAAUUAUAUGACGACUGAACUAAUUAAACUCAAAUCACUAAUCGCAUAUACAUACUUUUUCUUUGCUCCGUACGUUUGGUAGGUAUAUAUAUAAGCGUCGCUAAAUUUGUUGUUUCCAUUAUAGCAAAGCAAAAGCUUCAUUUCUGACUUUCUGGUGUAACCGGAAAUAUAUGAUCUAUGUUUACAGUUUGGUGUAUAGAGUAUGGACCAUGAUGAGGAUCUAGCUAACUGAAACAGGAUUGGUCCCAAGGUUAAAUUGGGCUGUCUUUAUGAAAAUCAUUAAUUAUAUUAACAUUUAAUCAUCAUUUUCAGCUUUUUGAUAUCAACCAGCGAGGUUAUAUUUACAUCUAAUCAUUCUUGAGUUUGGUUGAUAGAAAAAAAAAAAAAAAAACUAAGUGAUACCGUAAUAAAAAAUUUUAUUUUUU